GUUCCAUCACUAUUGAGGAGCGCGUAAAUUUGUAAACAUUCCAGGUCUAAAAUGAAUCCCCCACCGGCUCGAGGGCGGGCUCCUUCUCGUUUCGUGCGUGGGCGGGCCCGCGGAGGUGGUGCCUACCGUCCGUACUUUUAUUUCCGGCGAAAUGGGCGUGUCAUACCUGCCCGUGGCAACCGGCAACCAAAUCGGGAGGCCGCCACAGGUGAGGGAGGCACCAAUGCGGAUCCUCCGGCAACCCGUCAACCCAGGGGUUGGGGUCGGUCAUCCAACAAACGCGGUCGUGGCGCACCCAUGGACUGCAGCUUUUUGCGUCCAGAGAACUACGCUGCCCCCGAGGACGGGCUACUGGUUCAAAGUAUCGCUGUGGAUAAUCCUCGUGCAUAUUCCGGAUGGAGGUUGUACUUCUUGAGAGACACCUACACAGAGGACAGUGAUCUGGCGAAAAGGAUCAUGGCCGUGGAAGCUCAUUACCAAAGAAAUCCGCACAACUACGACUUUGUGAAGACCCGUGAUCGAGGAUUCUUCAGUUUAACGGCUUCACAGAUCCUACAGGAUGCGCAGCUAAAGGAAGUGUGGCCCGGGCUAGAGGAGGACAUCAAGGAACACCCCCUGCGAACACUUUCGACUCUUUCUCUGGCCAUGCACACUGUGGUUGUGAACCAUUUUCUGGACGCCUCGGAUACUGCCAUGGGCGCCGUUUCCACGCCAGAGCAGUACGUGCCACCAACCCAGCGACUGCGCAAAAUCUAUGCAAGGCCAUUAGGCUUUAUACCCGUUAAUUCGCUGAGCAGCAUCGGCCACGACCGCGUGGAUACUCUAUUCGCUAUCCACGGGACCGUGGCCAGCAUUGGAGAACCAACCUAUAACCUUGCGUGGCAGGCUUUCCGCUGCAGUCGCUGCCAAAUGGAGAUGGCAAUGCGUCAGCGUGGAACCUUUCAGCCACGUCCCUACCACUGCAAGAGAUCCGAGUGUGUGGCUCGCGAUGGAUUCCUGGUACUAAGAAGCUCCCCGUAUACACGACUUUCUGCCAGGCAGAUGAUCCGACUGGAGGAGUCUACCCUGUCUUUGAACGACUUUGAAAACACACCGCCGGAGGAAAUAGAUAUUGAAUUACGCCACGACCUGGUGGACUCUGUACGAGUUGGCCAGGUGGUGAUCAUCACGGGAGUGCUGAAGCUGCAGGAACUGGGAGAGGAUGAUGCCAGCAACGACCAAAAGCAGGCCUAUCUCAAAGCAGUCAGUAUUGAGGAUGCGGAAAAAAAGAAAACGGAGUUCAGCGAUCGGGAUCUGGAAGCAAUUGCCAUGAUCAACUCGGAGCCAAACAGCUUCAAGCUCCUGGUCCAGUCGAUAGCUCCCGAAGUCUAUGGACAUGAGCUGGCCAAAGCUGCCUGCCUGCUUUCGCUCUUGGGAGGCGACUCCCCCAUCCAUGUGCUGCUGGUGGGCGAUCCUGGCAUUGGAAAGAGCAAGAUCCUGCAGAGCUGCGCCCAGAUCAUGGAACGUGGUGCACACGUUAGCGGAAAAAAAGGGGCUCACUCGGCUCAGCAUUUGGGCGUGACCUUUUCGGGACGAAAUAAAAAGGUCCUGCAGGCAGGUGCAUUGAUGACCGCCGGCGCAGGAGGUCACUGCACUCUCGAUGACGUGGACAAGUUGGCCUCCAAGCAGGCCGUUCUCCUGCAGUGCCUACAAUCGGGCGAGAUUACCGUACAGCUUCCAGGAGCCUUUGGCUCCUUUCCGGCACGGCCCUCGAUUAUAGCUUCAGCCAAUCCGCAGCGAGGCCAGUACGAUGAAGGACGAUAUCUUCUCCAAAACAUCAACAUCACACCAGCCCUGUUGCAGGAGUUCCAUCUGGUCUACAUAUUACUCGACAAACCCUCGGAAAGAGACAAGUCCCUGACUGAACACGUGCGGGCUCUUCAUGCAGGGGCUAAGAAACGGGCCAGGAUCGCAGCUCGCUAUGCCCUCAAGCCCAAGAUCAGCGACUCCAUGUGCGAAGAUACGUCUUUCCGCGCUCCUGAAGUUGGCGGAGCAGAUGAAACUGUUAAGAAAGAGGAUGAAAACGACACCAUCAUGCAGCAGGACUAUGAUCUGGAUAAACGGUUGGAGCUCCUGCCGGAAGAUGUGGACCUGGAACUAGUGCCUCCUGUGCUCAUCAAGAAGUUCAUUACCUACGCCCGGCAACAAGUAACUCCCAAGUUGAGCGACGACGCCAUGAAUGCCAUCCUUCAGUACUUUCUGGAGCUGAAGGAGAGCAGUACUUCCUCUGACAACGACUCCGGCCCGAUAGGAGUAAGCCAACUUAAAGGCCUAAUCAGCUUGUCCCAAGCUCGUGCCCGCUUGGAUCUAUCUCUGAUGGUUACCAUCCAGCACGUGCGCGAUGUGAUCGCCCUUUUGACGGAAAGCAUCGCCCAGACCAGCCUCAAGACAGGUGAUGACCCCGGCCCCGGACGCAGUGCAUCCGGUCGAGGUGGUGGAGGCGGAAAAAGCGCCCAACUGCGCAAUUUCGUGGUCAUGAUGCAGCGGCGCGGAGAGGCACUGGGCCGGCGCAUUUUCGAGAUGGAGGAGCUAAAGGAGAUUGCAACGCGGGCGGGCAUCUUGACGGGCGUCAGCCAGCUGGUGGAGACCGCCAACAUGGGGGGCUAUUUGCUCAAGAAGGGUGCAAACAUGUACGAAGUGGUUCCGGACUAAACAAAGCGACAAUGACCGAGUCAAUAUUUACAGAAAGUCUCGUUCUAAGUGA